AUGGCUCAAUAUUACCCCCAACAGCCCCAGCAGGGCUAUGCGCCCCAAGGUUCUGCGCAGAACCUCCAGUUCUUCCCCUCUUCCUACGGCUCGGUCUCCGGCCACACAACGCCAUCGCAAGCGUCCUAUGGCGCAGGUUUUGGCAGCACCUCCAAUCCAGCAACAGCACAGGCCUAUCCAUCCGGUGGAUAUGGUGGGUUUGGAUCUCCCAGUGCAGGUGUGAGUGGGAGAAUGGGAGAUCAAGGUGGCUUGCGGACAGGCUGGUUGGCUGCGUUUGGAACGGAGGGCUACGAUGGAGAGCCCCCAUUAUUGGAGGAGCUAGGUGUCAAUUUCGAGCAUAUUCGUACCAAGACUCUCACCGUCCUCAACCCAUUUGCAUCCAUCGACAACCACCUGAUGGAUGACAGCGAUCUCUAUGGUGCUCUCCUAUACAUCGUACUUUACGGCACCUUCCUCCUCCUCUCUGGCAAGGUCUUCUACGGUUACAUCUAUGGUGUUGCUGUAUUUGGCACUGUUGCACUACAUUUAAUCCUCAGUCUUAUGUCGCCAGCUCUCGACGCCGCAUCCACUCCCAAUGCCGCCGACCCUACCAACUACAACCCUCAUCACAAACCAUCCGUGUCCGGGUCCUCAGUCGCUGGACAUUUCUCUGCAACCCUGACCUUUCCCCGCUCUGCCAGUGUUCUGGGUUACUGUUUCCUUCCUCUUGUGCUCACCAGUCUCAUUGGUAUCCUGAUCCCCAUGGACACAUUGUUUGGAUAUCUUCUGACCACCGCUGCGGUGGGCUGGUGCACCUACAGCUCGUCUGGGAUGUUUUGCGCUGUGGCUCGUAUGAGUGGAAUGCGCGGUUUGGUGGCUUAUCCAUUGGCUCUGUUCUAUGUUGUCUUCGGUAUCAUGGGCAUCUUCUCUUCACGGGGCACAGGCACCCUCGCAGCGAGGACUGGUGCUGCUGCUUAG